CUAUGUUUUCAAAAGACUUAUAACUGUGGCGCUGUGAUUCGUAUGAAAUUCUUGUUGAAUGUAUAAGUUCGUUUAUUUAAUAGGAACUAUUUGUUUAAAGUUUUUAUCGAAGUUUUUAAGAUUGUUCAAAUAAUCAUUUUUUGUUUCUGAACUGUGAAGAUAAUAAGUUAAUUUAUAUAUUAAAUGAUUUGAUACGAAAAAUAAAAUGAAAAUGCUUAUGAAAGUGUCGCAAAGUUCCUUGACAGUUGCUUUCACGAAAAGUGCAAUACAAAAAAAGACGUUUCCUUUUCUCAAAAAAUGUGAUUUUUCCUCUCAAAAGGUAUCUAAUAAUAAAAUAACAAGAAAAUCAAUUGUUACACCAUUCCCUCCGUUAACCGAACCGAUUCCUAAUUUACCUAAAGCUAUUUAUGCUACUGCUAAAGAAGAACAUCAGGGUACUAAAGUAACAGUUUUGUCGAAUGGAUUAAAAGUUGCUUCUGAAAAUCGAUUUGGUCAAUUUUGUACAAUAGGUGUAUUGCUUGAUUCUGGCCCUCGAUAUGAAAUUGCAUAUCCUAGUGGUAUUUCACAUUUUCUGGAAAAACUAGCAUUUAGUUCUACCAAAACAUAUAAAAAUAAAGAUCAGAUAAUGCUUGCAUUAGAAAAACAUGGAGGUAUAUGUGAUUGUCAAGCAUCCAGGGAUACAUUUGUUUAUGCAGCAUCAGCAGAACGUCAUGGAUUGGAUACUGUCGUACAAAUUUUAGGAGAUAUUGUUUUAAGACCUCAAAUUACAGAGGAGGAGAUAAAUGCAGCAAGACAGAUGAUCCACUUUGAAUUAGAAUCUCUACUUACCAGACCAGAACAAGAGCCAAUACUUAUGGAUAUGAUUCAUGCAGCUGCAUAUAGAAGCAAUACUCUUGGAUUUCCAAAAAUUUGUCCAAAAGAAAAUAUUGAUCUUAUAGAUAGAAAAAUAUUAUUUGAUUAUUUAAAACGCCAUUAUUUACCACAUAGAAUGGUAGUAGCUGGAGUUGGUAUAGAACAUGAGGAUCUUGUUGCAGCAGUUCAAAAAUAUUUCGUCAAUGAAAAAUCAGUUUGGGAAGAAGAAAGAAUAGAAGAAAAUUCAAUAUCCGUAAGAAAAUCUUUAAAUAGAGUUGAUGCUUCAAUUGCUCAAUAUACAGGAGGUUACAUACUAGAAGAAUGUAAUGUACCUGUAUAUGCAGGACCUAGUGGUCUACCAGAAUUAUCACAUGUAGUAAUAGGUUUAGAAGGUUGUUCUCAUCAAGAUUCAGAUUUUGUAGCAAUGUGUGUUUUAAAUAUGAUGAUGGGUGGUGGUAAUAGCUUUAGUGCUGGAGGUCCAGGAAAGGGAAUGUAUACUCGGUUAUACACAAAUGUACUUAACCGAUAUCAUUGGUUAUAUAGUGCAACUGCAUACAAUCAUGCAUAUGCUGAUUCAGGUCUUUUUUAUAUUCAUGCAUCUUGUAUACCAUCUCAUGUUAGAGAUAUGGUAGAAGUAAUUGUGCAUGAAAUGGUUACUAUGACAAAUAAUAUUGUAGACAGCGAAUUAGCGAGAGCAAAGAAGCAACUACAAUCUAUGUUACUUAUGAAUUUAGAACAAAGACCUAUUGUAUUUGAAGAUAUUGGGAGACAGGUUUUAGCCACUGGUUCUAGAAAACGGCCAGAAUACUUUAUACAAGCAAUUGAUGAGAUAUCAAAAGAUGAUAUAAAAAAUGUAGCACGUCGAUUACUUAAAUCACCACCUAGCGUAGCUGCUCGAGGAGAAGUGAGAACUAUUCCUUCAAUCAGAGAUAUUCAAGCUGGAUUAAUUGAUGAGCAAGGCAGAUUACCUGGUUCCCGUAGUAGAUUAUCACUCUUUCGUUAAUUAAAAAAAGUUAUUAAUGUAGAGAAUAUUUUUUGGCAAAAUUAUUUGCCAUAUAUAAAUUGUUGAUUUAUCUCGAAAUUAAGAUUUUAUAUUCUGAAUAUCAUAUGUGAUUAUAAAAGUGUUCUUUAAUUUAUUUACAAUCCAUAUUUCAAUAUAUUUAUUUUAACCUUC